UCAGUUGUAUAGAAGACAGUUCCAUUCUAAAGAGGUGUAUCGGUCUCUUCAUUGCCCCUUUGUCCCCUCCAGAAUGGGUGCUGGGAGGACCCCCUGGGUGGUGGCUCUUCUGGUGAACCUCAUGAGGCCGGAUUCCUUCAUGAUUGAAGGCAGAGACUCUCCAGAGGAUUUUGUGAUCCAGGCAAAGGCGGACUGUUACUUCACCAAUGGUACAGAAAAGGUGCGCUUCCUGGUCAGGUUCAUCUUCAACCUGGAGGAGUAUUUACAUUUCGACAGUGACUUGGGGUUUUUUGUGGCACUGACGGAGUUGGGGGAACCUGAUGCUGAUCAGUGGAACAAACGCCUGGAUCUCCUGGAGACGAGCAGAGCUGCUGUGAAUAUGGUCUGCAGGCAGAAUUACAAGCUGGGAGCCCCCUUCACCGUGGAGAGAAAUGUGGCUCCGGAGGUGACAGUGUACCCAGAGAGGACCCCGUUGCCGCAGCAGCACAACCUGCUGCUCUGCUCUGUGACAGGCUUCUACCCUGGGGACAUAAGUGUCCGGUGGUUCCGGAAUGGACAGGAGGAGCGGUCUGGAGUCCUGUCCACUGGCCUUAUUAGGAAUGGAGACUGGACCUUCCAGACGACAGUAAUGCUGGAAAUGAUCCCAGAACUUGGGGAUGUCUACAGCUGCCUCGUGGAGCACCCCGGCCUCCCAAGACCUGUUUCUGUGAUAUGGACGGCUCAGUCUGAAUAUUCCUGGAUAAGGAUCCUGAGUGGAGCUGCGGCGUUCCUGUUUGGACUAACUGUCUUCCUGGUGGGGGCUGUGGUCCAUCUCAAGGCUCAGAAAGGAAAACCACAUUUGCUCCUGACUGGGGACCCCAUUCCCUCUCUCUCCAGCGUCUGUGGAGACUCGGCCUGGUGAUGAGGCCUCAAGAGUGCUUCUCCCACCUCACACCUGGAAAGUUCCUAAUGCAAGCUCCUCCCCCAGAGCCUGAAGUGUGACAAGGCUGGGGCCAGCCUUGGGUAAAGGAUGCUGGCUCUGCAGCACGUGACAUGUGGCCCUGGGUCUUCCCCUCCCUUCCUGUACCUCAGUGGUCCCUCGUUUCCAGGACACGGUCCAGAAAUGUCCGUAGGACAUAAUUCAUUCCAGACCCAAGUUGCUUUGGUCUCUGUGGCCCAAUCCUAACCCUGUGACUGAGGAACCCUCAGCUUUUCUAUCUUCCAACCACAGCUUCUAGUUUUCCAUACAGUCACCUUAAAAAUCCUUAUUGUAAAAAUAAAACAGUCACAGGUAACUACA